GCAACACCGCUCUGCACCACCACGCUCCCGCACGCUCCUCCAAUCCCUGCAUUUACUCGCCGAGAAUCGAUAAUACAGUACUCACAUCUUCCCAGCAUACGCCUCGAGCCUCACACCGAAGUAGCCGCCUCCCAACGCAGGCUCGUCGCACUCCCGUGUGAAGCACCGGCCGUUGGCCCGCCAGCUGUUGCUCUGCUGCUUGUUCGCUCUUUUAUCCCACCAAGCUUCCAGCAGAGUCGCUCUUCCCGUGAUAUCUUUCUUUACCUUUGCCUAAUUGCCAAUGGAUAGCAGAGACAAUCUAUGGACCCGUCGCUCCAACACCAGCAAGCUCUCCCUGUCCAUGUCCAAUGCGGACCACCAUAGCGACAAGCACGACCCUCCAGCCCGCACAUUUUCUGCCACAAAGCGCUUCGGUGGCGACACUUCGUCGCAUGGGGGAAGGAAUCCUUUCAAUGCCAUCUCGCCUCUGACAAGCACUGGGAUGGCUUCCCCUACCACCGUGGGCUCCUCAGCUUUUGGUCUGGGAUCUGGAGCGUUCGCCUCUUUCGGAUCAGCGACUAAGACGCCGAAGACGCCAGGAACGGCAUUCGAUUUCAAGCCAAUCACUCCAGCGACUCCCGGCGAAAAGAAGGAAAAGCCGAGUAGCAAGGCUGCAAACAGCGCUCGUAAAGAGUCGCUGUCCACGACUGCCUCGGAAGAAGCAACGAGUUCCUCGGGCGCUCUUGACUUGAGCACUCCGUGGCCGUUGAAGUACACCUGGGUUAUCUGGUACCGCCCUCCAACCCCCAAGAAUUCCGACUACGAGAAAUCUACCAAACCGCUAUGUCGUAUGAGUACGGCGCAAGACUUCUGGAAAAUCUUCGUCCACCUCAACCGACCCUCGACUCUUCCAACGGUUUCGGAUUAUCAUUUCUUCAAGGAAGGGAUACGCCCUGUGUGGGAGGAUGACGAGAACAAACGGGGUGGCAAGUGGAUCAUGCGCCUGAAAAAGGGCGUGGCGGACCGCUACUGGGAGGAGCUCCUCAUGGCUCUGAUUGGCGACCAAUUUGUCGAGGCUGCGGACGAAGUAUGCGGCUUCGUUCUUAGUGUUAGGAGUGGUGAAGACGUCUUCAGCAUCUGGACCAAGAACGAUGGGGGACGGAACAUUAAGAUUCGUGAAACCGUCAAGCGGGUCCUCAACUUGCCUGAAGGCACAAUCAUAACCUGGCGCAGCCACGACGAAAGUAUCGCUCAAAGAUCUGCCAUCGACCAAGCUCGUCAAGAGAAAGCUGGUCACCACGGCCAAGAAAAGCGGCGAGUCGUCUCCUCCGCCGACGAGUCCCACCGCGACAAAGCUAUGGCUGGUUCCUAGAGGCCGGAUUCCUUUUACUCUUCUUUCUUUCGUUACCCUAGCAUGCAUUGUACGGCUUAAAUGAGUUUCCCGGGUUUCAGCUUUAGCGUGUGUAUGGCUUAACGGCAUCGAGUUCACGGAUGGGCUUCUUCUUUGGACAGUCUUCAGUCGACGCGGCGGAGACUAGUCGUCUAUUUCCUGAUUUCAAUUACCCAUGUAUAUUACACAGCCGUGGCUAGGACUUGGUUAGCAUGCGGUGCUCCAACGAUUGGCUAAGGGGCAGUAAACGCAGAGCAGAUUUAUGCAGAACGUGAAG